AUGAAGAUUGUACGUGGGGUAUUAGUGGUAGUUUUUGUUCUCUUGGUGGAACAGACGGAGGCUUUUAUUAUUGAUCAUGCUCGUCUAUGUGAAGCGACUCACGUCAGCCACGGGUUUAGAAGAGAUACAUUCCAACAAGAGGCUAUCCACUAUUGCUAUCCGACUAACAUCACUAAUGGAAAAUGUGAAGCCCUUGAUGCAAGAGCGGGGAUCAACUGCACUCAGUUUGGUGAAAACUACGUAUUACAAGGAGGCCUAGGCAAACAAAGAGCUAGCUGCUGUGAGAAAAAAGGAAUAAUUCUAACGAACUGCACAAUUCAACCCAGAAUUUUCUCCCAUGAUAAGGACAUCGAUGUAAUGUACUUCGAGCGUGUUCUGACAAAACUGAUCAGCAUCAAAUCAGCGGCAGACCCAAAAAGUUUUGAGAUUGAGUUGUGCACCCCAAAAUACAUCUCAUCUACAACCCCGACCCCGACUCCGACCAAUCCUCCUCCUCCUCCUCCCGUACCUAGCACAUUGGACUUUCAAUAAUAUCAUUACAAAAUAAUGAUGGACAAAAAUAAAAAAAAAAGAAUCAGUAACGACAACUUACUUGUUUUCACUGGCAAUGUAUAACAAUUGAAAAGGUAUGCUUGUUAGGAAUAUUGUUAUGUUGUUAAUUUUGAAUUUAUCGGGUAGCAGUAAAUACAAACUUAACAACAUGACAAUAUUGUCGAAUAUCGCAUAACCUAGAACCAAAAUCAAUAUUACUCUGCUAAAACUCGAUCGUUUUACGGAAAAGUAAUACAUAUGCUGUUUCUUAUUAAUCCUUGCGA